GAUUGGAUUUCCGUCUUCACAGUCCGGAGAGGCGCCAAAAUAGAUGGGCAAAUUAGAUAUUUACGUUGCAAGUGGAUAAGGAAACAAACAACUUCCAAGUUUCAAUCUUUGAUAUACGCUCACUAAGUACUUUUACCUCCAAGCUCUAGUGCAUUUCCAUUUUUUCUAUCCGUUAAUGGCAAUGGCGGCCGCAAAUUGUUGGUUCUCGAUGCUUUCUUCUUCCACCGGUUCCACUUCCCGUUGUACUUUAACCUCCCAACGCCUUUUUUCCACCUCCCGAAGACCUACUUAUUUUCUUACAUCCAUUGUUAAAUCAUCCAAGGACCGAAAUCAGAAUCCGAAACAAAAAUUGCCCAGGAAAACGCCGGGUAAAUUCAGUGCAGAGAGUGAAGCUAUUACACAUAAAUUGCCAGGGAGAUCAAGAGAUGAAAGCCAUUUAUCAAAUGUAGAUGGUCAAAGUAGUUGGAAAAAAGCAGGGAAAUCUCAAUCAACUUCGUUUAGAUCUUCUGGCACGCAGAGGAAAGGGAACAAGGGAGUUCUGUUUGAUUCAAGAGACCAACAGGUAGAUACUGGUAAUCUUCAAGAUGCUGCAUUUCUUAAUGCUGUUGUAAAGGUUUACUGUACCCACACUGCACCGGAUUACUCUCUUCCUUGGCAGAAACAAAGGCAGUAUCAGAGUACUGGGAGUGCCUUUAUGAUUGGGGAUGGGAAGCUUUUGACAAAUGCACACUGCGUUGAACAUGAUACACAGGUCAAAGUGAAGAAAAGGGGUGAUGAUAAAAAGUAUGUUGCCAAGGUUCUUGCAAAAGGAGUAGAAUGUGACAUAGCUCUGCUUUCUAUUGAAAGCGAGGAAUUCUGGAAAGGAGCUGAGCCCCUUGAGUUUGGACGCUUGCCUCGUCUGCAGGAUGGAGUGACUGUUGUUGGGUAUCCGCUUGGUGGAGAUACUAUUUCUGUAACAAAGGGUGUGGUAUCAAGAAUAGAGGUUACAUCAUAUGCCCAUGGCUCAUCUGAGUUACUUGGAAUUCAAAUUGAUGCAGCAAUAAAUCCUGGUAAUAGUGGUGGCCCCGCAUUCAAUGACCGGGGAGAGUGUAUUGGAGUGGCAUUUCAGGUUUACAGAUCUGAUGAGGCUGAGAAUAUUGGCUACGUGAUUCCAACUACUGUUGUAUCUCAUUUCCUGGAGGACUAUGAGAGGAAUGGGAAAUACACUGGUUUUCCUUCUCUUGGGGUGUUGUUGCAGAAAUUGGAGAAUCCAGCUCUGCGGGCCUGCUUAAAAGUUCCAUCGAAUGAGGGCAUACUUGUACGGAGAGUUGAGCCAACUUCUGAUGCCAGUAAUGUAUUGAAGAAGGGGGACGUCAUUGUAAGUUUUGAUGAUGUUCGUGUUGGUUGUGAAGGGACAGUGCCAUUCCAAACAACUGAACGCAUUGCAUUUCGCUUCCUCAUUAGUCAAAAAUUUUCAGGUGAUGUAGCAGAGCUUGGCAUUAUCAGAGGAGGACAAUUUAUGAAAGUUCAAGCCAUCUUGAAUCCACGUGUGCAUUUGGUUCCGUAUCAUAUUGAAGGAGGUCAGCCUUCAUAUUUAAUAGUUGCUGGAUUGGUGUUUACACCUCUAUCAGAACCUUUAAUCGAGGAAGAAUGUGAAGAUACCAUUGGGUUGAAGUUGUUGACAAAGGCGAGGUACUCAUUGGCUAGGUUCAAAGGGGAACAGAUCGUGAUCCUAUCACAGGUCUUAGCAAAUGAAGUAAAUAUUGGGUAUGAAGAUCUGAGCAAUGAACAGGUAUUGAAGUUAAAUGGAACUUGGAUCAGAAACAUUCAUCACUUAGCACAUCUGGUUGAUUCUUGCAAGGACAGAUAUUUGGUCUUUGAAUUUGAAGACAAUUUUUUGGUCGUUUUGGAAAGGGAAGACGCUUUGGCUGCAUCUGGUUGCAUCCUCAAAGGUUAUGGGAUUCCAUCUGAAAGGUCUUCUGAUCUUUUGGAACCAUACGUGGACUCUAUAGGACAUGUCGCAACUAUAGAUCAACACGAGUCGGUUGACUCUGCCGUUUCAAGUUCAGAAUUUGGCUAUGAUGGACUGCUUUGGGCGUAAUAAUCAGUCUUUCUACCAUUUAGAUCAUACUUUGGGUUAUAUUAUGAUACUUCAACAGUAAGAUUUUCCUAUUGAUUGGCUAGAAUUAUUGUUGGAGAGAUUGUAGGCAUGCUUGAGGCGCUUUAGUUGGCCCCUUUAGCAAUUGUUGUACAAUUGAAAUUUGUUUAUUUUCCUUUUUCCUUUUUGGGGGUGGGGUUAUAUUAGUCGACAGAGAAUUUGCUGUUCGAUUCUUUCUGAUUUGUGAGAAUAUAAAAGUGAGACUUGACCUGAAAGAGAGAAUAGUCUAUAGAAUAGGGCUGUCAGCAAUUUUGAUUUGAUGAUUUUGAAGAUUUCUAAAGAUAUUAUAGAAGGAAUUACUCUUUUUCUUAAGCAGUGUGCGACUCUGCCUA